UUUUCAUAUAAUAAAAGCCUGUUUCCCUAUGGUUAUAACCCAGCCUCCUCUCCUCGGACACCACCAUUUUAAAGGGGGUUACUGCGCGGACUUCCCCGCAGUGCAUAGGUUUUCUCUCUUUCUGGGCCGCGUCUCAUAGAGGAGGCGGCGACGGCGGCGGCGGGGGAGAGGAAGAGAAGGAAGCGUCUCCUCCUUGAGCCAAUGCAGCCCUCUGGCUCUCCGGGAGGAGCGUCCCUGCCCCGAUGAGCCCCCGCAGUGCGUCCGCGACCGUCCCCCGGCGGGAGUGGGGCGCGGAGCCCAGCGCCGACGAGCGUCUCAUCAGAAUGCAGAGGACACCGCCGCGCGUCCCCCGAGAACGGGAGUUUACUGUGUGCCUUCAUUCAUCCGGGAGUCAAUCUUUUCUCUUCUCAGCAGGUGUUAUCUGAAGCCGGUUUGGAACUUUAGACCGCAGCUACUUUGCCGGUGAGAGUAGGAUGAUGUGGUGAAAGGAUGGGGCUUCUCCCAUACGGGGCUCACAAUGGCCAGAGAAGAUUCCGUGAAGUGCCUGCGCUGCCUUCUCUAUGCCCUCAAUCUGCUCUUUUGGUUAAUGUCCAUCAGUGUGUUGGCAGUUUCUGCUUGGAUGAGGGACUACCUAAAUAAUGUUCUGACGUUAACUGCAGAAACAAGGGUAGAGGAGGCUGUCAUCUUGACUUAUUUUCCUGUGGUUCAUCCAGUCAUGAUUGCUGUUUGCUGUUUCCUUAUCAUUGUGGGGAUGUUAGGAUACUGUGGAACAGUGAAAAGAAAUCUGUUACUUCUUGCAUGGUACUUUGGAAGUUUGCUCGUCAUUUUCUGUGUGGAACUGGCUUGCGGUGUUUGGACCUAUGAACAGGAGAUUAUGGUUCCAGUACAGUGGUCAGACAUGGUCACUUUGAAAGCCAGAAUGACAAAUUAUGGCUUACCUAGAUACCGGUGGCUUACCCACGCUUGGAAUUUUUUCCAGAGAGAGUUUAAAUGCUGUGGGGUGGUGUACUUCACCGACUGGCUGGAAAUGACAGAGAUGGACUGGCCCCCAGAUUCCUGUUGUGUUAGGGAAUUCCCAGGAUGUUCCAAACAGGCCCACCAGGAAGAUCUCAGUGACCUUUAUCAAGAGGGUUGUGGGAAGAAAAUGUAUUCCUUUUUGAGGGGAACCAAACAACUGCAGGUGCUAAGGUUUCUGGGGAUCUCCAUUGGAGUGACACAGAUCCUGGCCAUGAUUCUCACCAUUACUCUGCUCUGGGCUCUCUACUAUGAUCGAAGGGAGCCUGGGACAGACCAAAUGAUGUCCCUGAAGAAUGACACGACUCAGCACCUGUCAUGUCACUCAGUAGAACUGUUGAAACCAAGCCUGUCGAGGAUCUUUGAACACACAUCUAUGGCAAACAGCUUUACUACACACUUCGAGAUGGAGGAAUUAUAGAGGAUGUCAAAGAAGGAAACUACAAAUUUAUUUUAUUGGACUCGUGCAUUCUUGAGCACACACUUAUCUGUUUCAGAAAUGUGUAGAAGUAAAAAUGUUGCCAUAAGGAAUGCCGGAGCAUAUAAUUUUCUACCCUUUAAAGUGAAGAGGGAAAAAUUCCAUUUUGUAAGUUACCACCUGGACAACGGUUGAUGCCCUUUAUAAUGCUGAGGACAGAUCCAAUACCCAUUUUAUAGCCUGUGUAAGAUUUUUACUGAACACAGUUAUUCUUUGAGGCUCAUGCUUUGGCUUAGUUUGACCAGCAUUUCCGCACCCAUGUAAACAAGCCAUGCUCUGGUGGCAUUGGAGCCACAGUAAAGUUUGAUUUAUUUUCAUAAACUUGCUAGUAUAUCAAGUACCAAUGAACUGCUAACACAGGAAGUUAGGCAGUAUUAAUGAAUUGUAUUACUUGGUGACAUAGUUUUUGGAGAGUGGGUUGAUUAUACAUAAGAAAACUUUGAAGAUUGGUUACUGUCUAAAUGUGAUUUUUUUUCUGGUUACUAAAAUAUUCUUGUUACUUAACAAGAGCAAAUUAACACAUUGUCUUAAACUGAUCAGGGAUCUAUGUGUAUAUAAGAGUCUGUGGUAAGUCUGUAUAAUUCAGUAGAUUUCAGUUCUUAUAAUGUUAAGAAUAACAAUUGUGAGUGGAAAGGAUAAAUUUGUCCUGUAUAGCACCAUUAUUGUUAACCUUUCCUGUAAUAGAGCUUUAAAAAUCCGUCUUGGGCUUAUAUUACGUACAUAACUGUUAAUUUAAAUACUUAACCACUAAUUUUGAAAGAUUGCCAGUGUGAUGCAUAGGAAUCAUUUUAAGUCAGAAUGUCGUCUGGUCUCUAGGAAAUAUUCCAAGGAAGUUUGCACAUAAUGGUAGUUCAUUUAGCAAAAUCUUGGAUGCUGCCUUUCUCCCAAACUAAGGCUCUUUUUGACACUCAACACUUUUUAAAACCUUUGUCUUCUCCAAACAAUAGGCAAUAGUCCACAAGUUUGAAUACAGCUCCAUAGAGAAUACUGUCCCUUCUCUCCAGCAAAAUGCCAAAAGAAUCAUUAAAAUAAGUGACAAUUUAGAGAUUUUCUUUGCUUUAUUUCACUGAUUAAGAUACUGUGGUGAAUUACACAGAUUAUUAAAUUUUUUACAAGAGUAAAAUAUAUUUAUUUGAAAUGGGGAGAGUGCAUUUUACUGUAUUUUGUGUAUAAUGUUUAUUAGAAAAUGAAAAGAAAAUUAAAAUGUGUCAAUAAAUAUUU